GGCGCGGCGCCGCCGCUACCGGACGGCCGCCAUGAGCCUGCAGUGGACGGCGGUCGCCACCUUCCUCUAUGCCGAGGUCUUCCUCGUCCUCCUGCUCUGCAUCCCGUUCGUGUCCGCGGCCAGAUGGCAGAAGAUCUUCAAGUCGCGCCUGGUGGGCCUGGCCGUGGCGUACGGCAACACCGUCUUCAUCGUCCUCAUCGUCAUCCUCGUCCUGCUGCUCCUAGACGCCUACCGGGAGACCCAUAAGUAUGACGUGACGGACCGCGAGGCCUUGCGCAGCAGCCCCGGCGCCCUGGAGCACUUCCACAUGAAGCUGUUCCGCGCUCAGCGCAACCUUUACCUGGCCGGCUUCGCGCUCCUGCUCUCCUUCCUCCUCCGCCGCCUCGUCACCCUCAUCUCGCAGCAGGCCCUGUUGGGCGCCUCCAGUGAGGCCUUCCGCAAGCAGGCCGAAGGGGCCAGCCAGGCCGCCCGGCGCUACAUGGAGGACAACGAUGCCCUCCGGAAGCAGCUACAGGAGGGGGGGGGCGAUGGAAGCGGCUCCUCCCCUACCCAGGAUGAGAAUGAGACGCUCAAGGCCAAGGUGGAGAAGCUGAAGGAGGAGCUGGCAGCCAGCAAGCGCACACUGGAGAAGGCAGAGAACGAGGUGCAGGCCAUGAGGCGCCAGGCAGAGGGGCUGACCCGUGAAUACGACCGCUUGCUGGACCAACACGCACGCCUGCAGGCAGCCCAUGAUGGCCCUCGGGACAAGAAGGAGGAGUGAAUGAAUGGACCAGGCACGCACCCCAAGAGCUGGGGGCAGGACUCUAAGGUGUUUCUAAGGGACCCCCCCCCCCCCAUAUUUGGGACCCUGUUGCUGUAUUGGGGGGCAUGGAGGGGUUUGAGCCCCAUUUCAAUGGGUCUGAGCACCAUCACCGUAUCCUUUCCAUGGGGGUCCCCUGGGUGUGGGCAAUGGGACCCCCUCACACAGCUUCUGCUUCAAUAAACCCAUGGGAUCAGG